CAAACAGUCGUUCCUUACAGUCUUUCAUGUCAGUAUAUUCUCGAACAGUCAGUAACUGGUCAGAAGGGAAGUACGCGGGCUAGCAUCCAACAUCAUAGGAAGGAUAAAUGAUGUCUUGUUAUGUUUUGUUUUGUUUGUGCUAUUAAUAACUUGUCGCCAAAACUGAGUAAUUUUCAUUACAGAAAAUUUUCAGAUCCUUGAGUAGGACGCAUUUUAACUGAUUUAGUAGCAAGUAACAGCAAUAAAUAAUUUCCAUAGGCCUUUUAGAUUUUUUUUAUUUAAUUGUUGCUUUAAUGUGCGAGCACGAAGCUAACGGCUAGUUUACCUGUGAAAUAUUUGUGCAUGUCUAAUUUAACACGUUAACGCAAUACACACUUCAAAGCAGCAGUGUUGAUGUUCGUAAACUGACGUGCACGCCGGCCAGGGGCGGGCCUAAAAGCCGCAGGGUGUUAAGCAUCUACAAUGUUUAGUAUAUUUAAUUUAUUUACGGAAGUAGAUAACAAUCAAUUGACACACACAGUGAAAUAAAGUGGAUGUUAGUGUAUCUGGAUAGAUCAAUAACAUGGACGUCAGUGUAAUACAUUUGCUUGCCAUAAUGUUUUCGGGACUUAGCGUUUGGGUAAAUGCUGAAACUGUUCUUGGUGGCGCUAAGAUUAUCAGUUUGGGCAAGACCUACAACGCAAAAGUGCCAGAUAACACAUUUCAGAAUCAAUUUCUUGAUACACAUAGUCAGCCGGUAGCAAACCUGAAACAACACGGCGAUAAAUACACCUUUGACCUGACAAUUGACAGAAGAUAUGCAUUCAAACCGCCUAUUCGAAAGGCGCCAUUUUCAUCAGUUGGCGAACCUUGGCCUUUACCGAAGCAUUACAGGUCCGAGAGAGGUGCAGCGCUAAAUCUAAAAAAAUCAACUUUUAAAAUAUCUGUGCUCAAUAAAUCCUGUGAUAUUUUAACAGAAGCAAUAAAAAGGUACAAAGCUAUUAUAGAAAAUCACAUAAUAGAAGAACAAUAUGAUUUUACAUACAAUUUCAAUGAAAAGAUAUUCAACGACCAUAAGAAACUAGAAGAAACGAAAUACAGUCACGUGACAAAGAUGGCUGAUCUUGAAAUCUACGUAGCUGAAGAGGACUGUGGAUACCCGCAUAUUGAUAUGAAAGAGUCAUACAAGCUUAUAGUCCGUCCACACAUAACAAGGCUUACAGCAGGGCAAGUGUGGGGAGCUCUACGUGGCCUAGAGACGUUCAGUCAAUUGCUUUUCAGGAAGAGAGAUACAGAGGAGGUGUAUUCAAGAGUGACAGAGAUUGAGGACGAACCUCGAUUUCCCCACAGGGGUAUACUGAUAGACACAGCAAGACAUUUUAUCUACAAAAACACCAUCAGAGAUGUUCUGGACGGCAUGGCAUAUAACAAGAUGAAUGUUUUACACUGGCAUAUAGUCGACGACAACUCAUUUCCGUACAAGAGUGAAGUAUUUCCGAAACUCAGUGAAAAGGGUGCCUACCAUUCAACCUUGGUGUAUACCAUAAACGAUAUAAAAGAAAUUGUGGAGUAUGCGAGAUACCGGGGGAUCCGUGUCAUACCGGAAUUCGAUACACCAGGACAUACGUUUUCCUGGCUUGGAUACCCGGAAAUCAAAAGCACAUGUUAUGUUGGCAACGUGCCAAUACAGGGACCGAUGGGGCCAAUAAAUCCAGCACAGAAUGAAACGUACUCCUUCUUGGCGAAAUUAUUCAGCGAGAUAUACAAUGUAUUCCCCGAUAAUUUUGUGCAUUUAGGCGGAGACGAGUUACACAGCACAUGCUGGGCGACAAAUCCUCAGAUUGUAGCGUUUUUACAGACAAACGGUGGUAUCCCUGCAUAUGAGGCAAGAUCAAAUGCUGCCAACUAUAUCAACAAGGCGAUAGGAUACUAUUUUAAAAGGUUGAUAUCAACUCUUAAAACAACAGCCAGCGAGAAACAACAGAGAAAGUCCUUUAUCAUGUGGGAAGACGUUUUAAAGAACACGGGAGAUGUACCCGCCGAUUCUAUACUGCAAGUAUGGCUUGGACGGCAGCAAAAUGUGCGAGCCCUGAACCAGCGUGGGUAUCGGGCUUUGUACUCCUCCUGUUGGUACCUGGACAGCUACAAGAAACACGUCCUGUGGCCAGAGUACUAUAAAUGUGACCCGUCACCUUAUAUAACAGAGCAAGAGGAGAAAGGGAAAGUUUUAGGAGGAGAGGCGUGUGUUUGGACAGAAUAUAUUACAACUGACACACUAAUGUCCUUCAUGUGGCCACGAGCUUCAGCACCGGCCGAGCGUCUGUGGAGUCCAAAAACGACCACUGACAUAGUCAGUGCUCAGAGACGCUUGCAAGAACAAAGAUGUCGUAUGAUUUAUCGUGGACUGCCUACCGGUCAUAUAUCUGGCCCAGACUAUUGUCUUCGACCGAGUGGCAAGGAAGACGGUCCGCUUGUUGGAAGUUUACAAGAAACUAGAGAUACAGUUAGAGGUGCUGUAAAAUCGGCUGCGGAACCAAGCCUUAUAGCAGACGAUACACUAGAAAGAAAGCAACUAUCAUUAGUUGUUCUGUCACAUUAUCACAAUUAUAUGCCGUUGAUAAAUAUAAUGUUGACCCUUAUCGGAGUAUAUCUAAUUCUUAUUGCAUCAAAACUGUGGAAGAAAAAGUUUCGAAAAAACAAUGUAUGCCCAAAGCUAGUCAGUCUGAAGUAGUCCCGGAUUAGGAAAUGUCGACUGGUGAAGACCGUGUCAUACCCAAGUUAGUGCCAGUACGAGUUUGCAGACUACUCUCAAAAGAAAGGAACGAGGUAUCAUGCAAGAACUAUCUGGAAAUGUUCUACAAGAGGGGAUACCUGCGUGCUUUGUUUUGAAACAUGUUAAGGACUUGGCAUAAUAAAGAGUGCAUUUAUUGUAUGGCAAUGUGCAAACCUAUAUGACUGCCACAAUAUGUGUGUCUGGACUUUGAGCCAGAAAAAGAAGGUAUAUUAAAAGAAUUGUGACGUUUUGUCCCCGUGCGUUCUAAGAAUAUGUCAAGUCUGAAAGUCAGUAUAUUUAUUUCAGUCGUUGCAUAUAAAUGAUAAAUAUGAGAGGUGCAUAUAUCUAAGUUCAAGCACGAAAUAGGGAACACUAGGGUACCUGUUACGAAUUCAACUGAUACUAAGAAAGAUGGUCCAGAAUUAUGCAUUGGUGAAUUCCAUCAUUUCUUUUGAAAUCCAUUAAUUUAACGUCAGAAAUAGGGAGUUUGGAUAAAAAAAACAACAAGAAGUCGUCAUUCACAACUUUGUAAUAUCCCUGUUUGGAAUAUGACUUGGUUUAAAAUCAAGAUAGUUACACUUUGUAAAAAAAAGACAAGCUAGAAUCACUGAAUAUUUUCUCAACAAAUUUAGCAUUCCAAACACUGACAGUCGCCAUCGUUUAGGCUAACAUUAAAAAGUAUGAGUGAAAAUUUUGUAUAAAUCAAAUCAAAGAAAGUGAAUCUUGGACUACUAUUCAAAGAGUAUUAACUCGGUUAUCUGCCCCUAUUGUUACAGAACAUGGUGAAGACGGCCCUGUUGUUCUACCUCAAGGCAUUGGUGGUUUAUAUUGUCAGUUCAUGAGUUUUGAAUGUCUUAAGCAUAUUCUUAAUCUUUACCCUGCUAAAUUUCUAAAAUGGUCUUUCAUUCAGUUAGGGCAGUACCAUUUAUUAUUCGAAGGGGCGUUCACUGAAAAUUUACUGACUGAAUAGCGACCAGUGUCUGCACGGUAGCUACCAAAGCUUUAAUUAAUACAAUAUGAUCAUUUAUUGCCAUAAUUUUGAUAUAUAUUAAUAUAAUAUAUUUGUAUUUCGUUACGUGAAUAGCGAAAAUACACCGGUGAAAUCAUCAGUUAACUUAUUUGUAUUUUUGUAUUUAUU